AUGGAACUCCUACGGCUGAUUUCAGGAGCAGUGAGUUGCAGAAGCCAAUCCACAACUUCUGAUGGCAAAGCUGUGGACAGGGGGUCUCUCGUGGGUAACAAGUAUGCCAUACGGGUUUUUGAUGAUGAAGGAAAGGAUGUGACACCUCAUCCACUCUGCCAUUCAGAUCCAAAUACUGUUGUACCCAAGCAAGGCAAACUCUUAGCAUCAAGUGCUUACUUUGGAGCCACAGGAUCUGAUGGAAGCAGCAAUACUUCUGUAUCAAACAUAUCAACAACUGAGUCCAUACUAGAUGAAACAGUAGAACCUGGCCCUCAACGAGACGCAACUGUUAGCUUAUCUGAUGUGCAGGUGAAGCAAGAGGAGAUAAAAGAAGAACUGACAACAGAAGACUUAGAUAGGAGAGUGGAUAUUUACCUCACAGAGACGGAAACUAUCUGGAUAUUGGAUAUACCAUCUGUUGUGAUGUCUGUAGAAUCAGAAAAUGCUGGAAUAAUUCUGGAGCGGAAUAGGAUUUAUGUUGACAUUUGCAAAAAUAGACCUGGUAAUGAUCGCUUUGUAGAAAAAAUGAUGCAAACCUUUAAUGGAGCUGCAAAGAACAAGGAAGUGCAGUGUGACAAAAUCAUCAUGGAAGAUAAAGGGAUGAUGGUGACUUCCUGGGACUUGUACGAUUCAUUUAACAUAUCGGAAAUAGAACCUACGUCAAAAGCAGAAGGUAGCAGAGCCACAACUGGGAAAAGCAGCGAAUCUCAUACAAAUGAAAAGCAUGAUCAGACUACGUCUGUCUUUUCUGACAGAGGCAGCAUAACUUCUAUAAUAUCAGAAAGCGCUGUUCUUGCCAGAACCCACAAAGAGGAGGAAUGCCAUUCAGAAGCUAUAUUAACAUCAGAAAACUCGCAGGAUUUAUUUUUCAUGGAGAGGAUUCUAAUGGAGAAUAUUUUUCAACCCAAACUUGCAGCUUAUCGGCAGUUUCCUGUCCUUAUAGCAUUUACUGACCCAUCAAUUCUGUCCGAUCCACAUAAAACCCCAGAAGAAAUUCUACCUCCCAAAUUGGAAUGGCUGUGGUCAUAUAUAUGCGAUGUAACUAAUGGUCACAGUGUGAGCAGUAUGGCUUGGAGCAAAGUAAACCCAGAUCUUUUAGCUGUUGGUUAUGGAGCAUUUGAUUUUAAAGACCAGAAGAAAGGCUUGGCUUGCUGUUGGUCAUUGAAGAACCCCAUGUGGCCAGAGCGUAUUUUCCGGUGUGAGCAUGGUGUUACUGCUUUGGAUUUUUCUAUGGCAAGCCCAAAUCUUUUAGCAGUUGGAAUGUACAAUGGUUCUGUCGCAAUCUAUAACGUACGGAGUUGUACUGACACCGCACUUCUGGACAGCGGUGAAUCCUCAAAUAAACAUACAGGUCCUGUAUGGCAACUGAGGUGGGUGGAACAGGACAGAGAUGCAACAGGAGAUGGCAGAAAAGAGAGAUUAAUCUGUAUCUCAGCAGAUGGCCGAAUAACUGAGUGGUUUAUACAGAAAAGACUAGAUUGCACUGAUCUGAUGAAAAUAAAGCGAACAGAAAGUGAGAAGAAGAAAUUACCAGGUGAGAAAGAAAAGAAAAGUGAAGCUCUGAUAUCUCAACAGGCAGCUGGAAUGUGCUUCGACUUCCAUCCAAAGGAUACUAAUUUUUAUCUAGUUGGAACAGAAGAGGGUCAUAUCCACAAGUGUUCUUGUUCAUGCAGCGAGCAGUUUCUGGAGACAUACAGAGGCCAUAAGGGUCCUGUGUACAAAGUUGCUUGGAAUCCAUUCAGCACUGACAUGUUCCUAAGCUGUUCUGCAGACUGGAGCAUUAUUUUAUGGCACCAGGCUUCCCAGACACCCAUUUUAACUUUCAGUUCCGCCUCUGCUUUUGUUCAUGACAUUAUGUGGUCUCCAAAAUCAGCCUUCAUAUUUGCAGCAGCAAAUGAAAGCAGAGUAGAAAUUUGGGAUCUUAGUGUCAGCAUCCUGAACCCCGUGAUCUCUUCCUCUGCCAACCCAAGAGUGAAAUUCACAUCUGUACUCUUUGCUAAGAACACCGACUGCCUUCUUGUAGGAGGCAAUAAAGGAGAAGUCAGCGUGUUUGAGCUGCAGAACCUGGCUGCUCCCAACAGUAAUAAGGUUGAUACUUUACAUGACGUAAUUGGUCCUGCUGUAGCUAUUUAA